AUGGUCACCUUUAGCCCGCGGGGAGCGCAUUCGCCCCCGACAACUGAUUCCGCGGCCACAAGUCUCUGGAGCAUAUUUCGGUCACAUGUCACGGCGAGUUCUUAUUCCCUUGUCAGACUAGAUCGCCUUCUUACGUUAUUAGAUACCGGUUCGUCCUCUGAGAUCAGGGCAACUGCUGCAGAUCAGAUUGGCCAGCUCGCGGCAACGAGUAUAAGGAGAGAUGCUGGAGUCGAAGAUGUGCUGCUUGAUGCAGGGAAAGUCGUUGUUGGGAAAACCACCGCCUCUGACGACUGGCAAGAAGUCCUGAGUGUCGUCGGAAGAGUUCUACCCUAUCUGCGUUCCAAGUCAUCGGAAACCCGUUCUGCUGCUGCUCGAGCUCUCUCGCAAAUAUGCACUCUCGUUCCUGUUUGGUCUCCGUACGAACAUGCAUUACCAGAUAUGGCUAAUCACCAGUGCCCUGGUCCCCCUUUCCCUGCUUUUUCACUUGCCAGCGUUCUCCGUGCAUCUCCGCUAUUGCUUGCCAGUUCCGGUGAAGAAUACGGCAAAGGGUUAUGGUUGGGAACACCAGCAGAUGUAGAUCGUGCUCGCAAGGAGGCGCUCGGUCGCCUCGGCUUAGGAUUUCUGGAAACCGUGGAUGGCGAAUGGACUCAAGGUCUUGUUCAGCAGGAAGAUGUUAAGAUGGAGAUUCCCGAGGAGAAAAUCGCCCUUGAUACUCACAGUACUAUCGCAGAGUCGGAGUCUCCUGUUCCCGAAUCGACCAUUGGCCCCGUAGUCGAAAGAAGAACGCCACAGAGACCAACGAGCAAACCAUCUCCUCCUCCACCAUCUUCUGGGCAUGGAUUGAGUCUGGAACCUGAGAUCAAGUCUUCCCCCUCUCCUGCUCCUGAUGUUGACAGAACAAUUCUUUCCGCCAGAGAGCUCAAUCGCUUGAAGAGAAAACGCAAGCCCGGGAACCCAGGAAUUGUGGCACCAUCCGCGUCGAAGCAGGGCAAUGAUCCACAUGCGAAAGUCCGAGUAGUUGCUUCGCCUUCCGACGGUCAUCCAGAAACUCGUCCAAUGCACAGGCGACAGGAGGAUGUGCAGAAGUCUGAUGUAGCAACUCUCUCUGGGGAGGAAAACCCAUGCGGUGGAGGUGCUGUCAGUGUGAAGCAUAAUAUUGCCAAAGGAACACGUGUGUUAACGGUAUCUGAGGGAGUCUGGGUGUGGCAAGGGGUGGUGGAUAUACUGGAAGUCGACCUCUUGAAUCCCAAUUGGGAGGUGCGCCAUGGCGCGGCCUUAGGGUUGAGAGAAGUGGUGAGGACUCAGGGAGCUUCUGGUGGCAUGCAAGUUGGAUUUCUAACCGAACAGAACGCCUAUGAACAUGAACGGUGGUGCAAUGAGAUAGCAGCAAAGCUGCUUUUUCCACAGCCGGCCUCUGCGUGCGUCCUGAAUGACACGGGAAUCAAGGCCGUGGCACCCGUGCGAGAGUCCGCGUCUCAGUCUCUUGCUUCUCUUUUGCUCCACAUGCCAUUACGGAGCGUUCGCCACGUACACGAGAUUCUGCUGGAUAUGGUACAUCAGAGUUUCUCGGAAGAUGACGCGAAGGAGAUCUUUCGAAAGUCAUCUACGCAGAGUCGCUUGGAACAACGCAUAUGGGAGGUCAUGCACGCUGGACUUCUUGGAAUCAAGUACGAAGUGGCCGUGAGAAGGGAUUUGAUACAGCCGGAUGGGCAGGGCAAAGAAGUCUUGCAGGGUGUCGUCGAUGUCGCCAUCAUCGGACUCAAGGACUCCAAUGAUGAUGUGCAAUCCGAGGCUGCCACAUGCCUGCUCCCCAUAGUCACUGAGCUGGUGGUUUAUAUGCCGGAUCAACUCGAAACUGUCCUGAGUAUACUUUGGGAUGCUUUCGUAGACAUGAAGGACGAUCUUGGGUCCAGCAUUGCCGCUGUGAUGCAACUAUUGGGCAAGCUGAUGUCGUUCAGUGAAGUUAUCGGAGUAGUCGUCCGAGAUGAUGCGGAUCACCCUCUGCGCGAUCGUAUAUCUGUCCUGUAUCCACUCUUCAGGCACACUUUACCCAGUGUGCGUCUAUCGGUGAUCAAAACCCUUCAAUCCUUUCUCGAUAUACCGGCUCUCACACCCGACUGGAUAUCCGAGCCAUUAUUGCGGCUUCUGUUCCAAGAUAUCGUUCUUGAAGAGAGAACCGACAUACGUCAAUCAAGCAUGGCGGCUUGGCGUUCUGCUAUUCAGCUACUCAACUCACAUGCGAAAUUGGAAGGCGUGACGCAAAUGGUGCUACAAGCAUGGUUUGAACUGGUCUUGACGCCAUUGGGAACACCAAUUGAUGCAGCAUUGUUGUUCUCAGCUGUCGUCAGCGGUCGAGAUGGCCUGUCUACCUAUAACGUUGAUAAAAGCAUGCUUGCGCAGGAUUUUUCCCUCAUAUCUGUGGACGCUAUUCUGCAGAACAAGCUUGCUGGAGCCGAGAGCCUUGCAUAUCUCAUGCAUGCAUGGUCCGGGUCGUCGCGUUCAACAACAUUCCUUCCGAUCCUGGACCACUACAUGAGAUCCCCGAGCGUGUUGCAAAGAAGCAUUUCUUCUGUCAUUCUGGAGGAAUGGGCUCGAUGUGACUUGGCAAUCCAAUCAAACGGUCCAGAGCCAAACUCGCUGGUAUCACCUUUGGGUGCGCAACUGCUGGACAUGCUGGAAACCGGCCCACCGCUCUCAUACUAUGAGAUGACCAUGGAUAUUUCUCGAUUGAAAACUGAAUAUCAAGCGUUUGUGGAUACUCUUCGGAAGGAUCCGAAAAUUCCUAAAGACAAAAUACCGAUAAUCCCUCCUGCAAGCUCUCCCAAUGACCCAUUUACCGUGGACGUUGUUCAUGAUAUCACUGGGUCGAAGUUUGACCUCCUCAGACCUUUUCUCGCUCGGAGGAAGAAAGAUCUCGCUGCUCUGGAAGACAAGAGGCAGCUUCUUGCUUCGAAUACUGCGCGAUACAUCAGCAAGAAAGAAGAACUCGACGUCCGUCUGUUUGCGUCGGUUGGAAGCGCUACUGUUGCGGUCGGUGUUGUUCCUUCGCGACUCAAUCCUCUCGUUCGAAGCUUGAUGAAUGGCGUACGGUUUGAGAAGAACGAAUUAUUGCAGAUCCGUUUUGCGAGAGCCAUUGCUACGUUCGUCCGUCGAGGGUUCCUCAACACUGCUCCUGUUCCUAGUGCGGUCAGCGCCAAAGUUGUGAAAAAUCUCUGUACCUUUUUAUGCCAGGACGAUUCCAAGACACCAAUUUUCGAUCUUCGCAUACGUGACGGAAUACUCACUGUGUCACCUGGCUUAUCCACAUAUAAAGGUCUGAAGCACAAGGAAGAUGAUAGCCAUACCGCCUCGGAUAAUAAUCUGAAAUUGCAGAGGCGAGGCUGUGAGUCUGCGUUGAGACAACUGGCUCAACUAUUUGGUCCGGACCUCAUGCAGGGUGUUCCCGCCCUCUGGGAAGUAAUGGGACGCAACAUCACAGAAACUUUCAAAGAUGAAGACAGUGAUGCUAAGAUAGAGAAUGACAAAGACCUGGGUCAAAGCGUCAUCGAUUCAUUUGAAGUACUUGCAACUGUCGUUGGCAGCUUGGAACAGAGCCUCUACCCAUGCAUUGCCGACUUGUUGCGGAGUGUAGCAAAGGCAUCAAGAAGUGCAUUUGCGGUCAUUCGCUUUGCGGCGGCCCGUUCGUUUGCCGCCCUCUGCGAUGUUCUCACCUCCGAGGGAAUGCAUUGUCUGAUCGAAGAAGGGCUUCCCUUCCUUGGUGACCCAAAAACGGUAACCAACCGACAGGGUGUUGUUGAGAUGAUAUCCAAUGUGCUCGAAAAGCUCAACGUUAAGGCGCUGGCGUACGUGAUCUUCCUCGUUGUACCGAUUCUCGGUCGUAUGAGCGAUCCCGACGAGAACGUUCGGCUAAUGGCGACGAACGUAUUUGCAUCUCUAGUAAAGAUGGUUCCAUUAGAGUCUGGACUGCCUGAUCCUCCUGAUUUUUCCCCUGAUAUGCUUCAACGACGCGUUGCCGAAAGGGAAUUUCUGUCGCAAUUACUGGAUGGGACUCAAGUCCAGAAUUACCCGAUUCCCGUGUUGAUCAAGGCAGACCUACGACCUUACCAACAGGAAGGUGUUAAUUGGUUGGCGUUUCUUGCAAAGUAUCAUCUUCAUGGUAUCCUUUGCGAUGAUAUGGGGCUAGGGAAAACUUUGCAAUCCAUUUGUAUUCUAGCCAGCAAACACCAUGAACGAGCCGAACGGUACGCAAUCACAAAAUCCCCCGACUCUGUUCACCUUCCAUCUCUUGUGGUUUGUCCACCCACUCUUAUCGGUCACUGGUAUCAUGAGAUUCUUACCUAUACAACAAAUCUCCGGCCCGUCCAAUACACAGGUAACUCCAAAGAUCGGCAGGGAAUUCUCAGUUCGUUGUCCAAGUACGAUGUUGUGAUUUUGUCCUAUGAUGUCAUUCGAAACGACAUUGGUGACCUUUCCCGUUUCAGUUGGCAUUACUGCAUCCUUGACGAAGGACACAUAAUCAAGAACGGAAAAGCGAAGAUCACGAAGGCUGUGAAGCAGAUCCAGGCCGAGCAUCGCCUGAUUCUGUCCGGCACACCCAUUCAGAACAAUGUGCUGGAACUUUGGAGUCUAUUUGACUUCCUCAUGCCUGGAUUUCUCGGCACAGAACAGGCUUUCAAUGAGCGCUUUGGCAAGCCUAUUCUUGCCAGUCGCGAUAAGAAAGGUUCUGCGAAGCAUCAGGAAGCGGGUAUACUUGCAUUGGAGGCUCUCCACAAACAAGUCCUGCCAUUCCUCUUACGUCGCUUAAAGGAGGACGUGCUGAAGGACUUGCCACCCAAGAUUAUCCAAGACUACUAUUGCGACUUGUCGGAGCUCCAGCAGGCCUUGUACGACGACUUCGCCAAAUCUCAAGGUGGUACAGAGGCGAUUGAAGCCACUCAAAAUGCUGGAUCCAACCGACAACAUGUCUUCCAAUCGCUGCAGUACCUACGAAAACUGUGCAAUCAUCCUGCUCUUGUACUAAAAGGUACAAAUGGUGUUUUAUUCAAAGGCAAACUCGUUCAAGCUGGAGAUGCCAGAAAGCUAGAAAAUGCUCCCAAGUUGCUAGCGCUAAGGCAGAUUCUCACAGACUGUGGCGUUGGCACAUCGGACGAGGAGGAUUACAGCGGCUCGCUCACGACAGCAUCUCAGCAUCGAGUCCUUAUCUUUUGUCAGAUGAAAGAGAUGAUCGAUAUAAUCGAGAAAGACCUUUUCAGAGCGACCAUGCCGACUGUGACCUACAUGCGUUUGGACGGUACGACAGAUGCCACGAAACGCCAUGCGACGGUGCAGACUUUCAAUGCUGAUCCUACCAUUGAUUGUCUUCUGCUCACAACACACGUCGGAGGUCUGGGCUUGAAUUUGACAGGGGCUGACACGGUCAUCUUCGUGGAGCAUGACUGGAACCCCAUGAAAGAUCUGCAGGCCAUGGAUCGGGCCCAUCGACUGGGACAAAAAAAGGUCGUCAACGUUUACCGGUUGAUUACUAAGGGCACGCUGGAAGAGAAAAUUAUGGGCCUGCAACGAUUCAAGUUGAACAUCGCCAACAGUGUUGUCAAUCAGCAGAAUACUGAUCUAACUUCGAUGGACACCGAUCUGGUGCUAGAUCUGUUUAGACGGACAACCGAUGAAGAAGAUGCAGCCUCCGCAAAACGAAGGGCUGACAGAGCGCAGAUGGCGCCGGUGUCGCAAAAGAGCGUCCUGGAUGGGUUGGAAGAAUUGCCAGCAGAAGAUGAAUACGCUGGAUUAGACGUCGCCUCGUUCCUCAGCACACUCAAGAAAUAGGGAUUAUGAUAUUUCAUAGAGCACGAGUGUCGGACGGAAUUUCGCUGAUAUUCCCACACAUUGCGUGCAUAUGUAUCUAUAGUGCAUUUGAUUCAGAAAGACAUGUCAUUG